AUGCAUACAACGAGAGCGCCUUAUUUCGAUGACAACGAAUUUGUUCCUCGAGUCGUAAACGGAUGGCCUGCUAAACUUGGCGAUGUUCCUUAUCAGGUGGGAUUCAAAAUGAAAAUACCGCAUCAAAAAAUAUACAUGACUUUCUGUGGUGGUGUGAUCAUUGCACACAGCAAGUUACUGUCCGCAGCGCACUGUUUCGCGAAUGACCCAAAUUUCUGUCAAAGGCUUUGUGGAUCUCAGGGAUCUAAACGGACGGUGUCACACGUGUACGCUGUAGCUGGAAAUCUUAGAAAUCGCGACUACUACACUGCGGAUUCCUCUGAUUCUGGACAAUGGAGGAUGGUGAAAACUGUCACAUAUCCUAAAACUUACAAGUUUCCAAAGGAUGAUAUCGCUGUAUUAUUUACUACGAAGCCAUUUAUUUACAACACGCAUGUCAACGCUAUUCCAUUCGCUUCACGAUUCACGGACUACCACGGGCAGUGCUUGGUGUCAGGUUACGGACGCAUUUCGCAAAAAUCAACCUCAAGCAAGUUACUAUUAGCUCAUCUGGACCUUAUCCCGAUAAAAACAUGUAACAGGAUGUUUCGAAAAAAUAUGAGAAAAUUCGUUUGCACAUCGAGUAGGCUAACCGAUGUUGGCAAGGGGGAUUCUGGAGGUCCUCUUGUCUGUAUGAACACAGGAGACCCUAACGAAAAAGCUGGUCAAGGAAUCCUUGUGGGUAUAGUAAGUGGCCACAAAUACCACGUCGGGUCUUUUUUUACUCGCGUUUCUUACUUCUACAGAUAUGUUGAGAGAAACAAAUCAUGUCCAAACCGACUUACUAGAGCAGCUAUUUAUUUUGUAACUUUAUUAUACAGUUUAUUUUUAUUUUAACUAGUUUUAUUUAUUAGUUCUUUCAAGAUAAGCAAAAGAAUCUUGGCAUAGCUAUUUAACCUCACUAGUGCUUUACUUAGCUAAAGCUUAAAUGAUUUUAAAGUAAAACGACAC